AACUGCCUGCCGUCCUUGCCAAUAUUUUCAUAUUUUAACAUUUAAAAAAAGUUGUAAACAAAUAUUUUGUAAAAAAAAAAAUGCCUAAAAAGGGGAGUAGUUUGAAAAAAUGGCAGCAAAGCAAUCACAAAAUGAUUGUUGGCAUCAUCGGCUUCUGCUUGGGCAUUUUCGGUGUGCUGUGCGGCAUGUUUUGGGAACAAAUCUUCAAUAGCAUAGUGGAAAAGGAGAUGACUCUGCGACCCAACUCACAGGUUUAUGAUAAAUGGAAAAACCCGCCAUUAGCUUUGAGUUUAGACAUUUACCUCUACAAUUGGACGAAUCCAGAAGAUUUCACCAACCAAAGUACAAAACCUAUUUUAGAACAAUUGGGUCCGUAUCGUUUUACCGAGAAGCAGGAUAAGGUGGAUAUAGAAUGGAAUCCAUUGAACGCCACGGUGACAUAUCGUAAAAAGAGUGAUUUCUACUUUGAUGCGGAGGGCAGUAAUGGAAGUUUGGACGAUGUGAUCGUUACAUUGAAUGCGGUGGCAUUGUCCGCAGCUGGAAAGGCCAAACGUUGGAACAGUGUGCGUCGCAAUUUGGUCGAUGUGGGUCUGAAGUUGUAUGGGCAGGAAAUGUCGAUUGAGCGUACAGUCGAUGAAAUGCUUUUUACCGGCUACAGCGAUGAUAUGUUGGAUAUGGCGCGCGCUAUGCCACUGUUCGGGAAGGAGGUUGAGGUGCCUUUCGAUAAGUUUGGUUGGUUUUACACGCGUAAUGGCAGUGCCGACUUAACGGGUGUUUUCAAUGUGUACACCGGCGCUGAUGAUAUCUCGAAGAUCGGCAAAAUGCAUACAUGGAAUUUCAAACAACACACUGGCUUCUUCCGGUCGACUUGUGGUCUAGUUAACGGUUCGGCUGGUGAAUUUCAUCCACCGUACCUGAAAGAGAAUGGCAGCAUAGAGCUUUUCACGCCCGAUAUGUGUCGUACAAUACCUUUGGAUUAUGUAGAGACGACAGAAAUUGAGGGUGUGCUUGGUUUUAAGUAUACUGGUGGCGCGCGUUCUAUUGAUAACGGCACCCUUUAUCCCGAGAACGCAUGUUUCUGUGGUGGCGAAUGUGUUCCCUCGGGUGUUAUGAAUAUCUCUUCUUGCCGCUUCGGCUCACCUGUCUUUAUGUCUUACCCACACUUCUACAAUGCUGAUCCGUAUUACCUACAACAAUUGGAGGGCCUAAAACCAGAACAGGACAAACAUGAAUUCUACAUUAUUUUGGACCCACGUACAGGUGUGGCCUUGGAAGUGGCGGCGCGCUUCCAAGUGAAUAUGCUUGUGGAGCCCAUAGAUGGGAUAAGCCUUUACGAGGACGUACCACGUGUCUACUUUCCGCUCAUCUGGUUCGAACAGAAAGUGCGCAUAACACCCGAACUCGCUUCCGAUUUACAGUUGUUACCGAAAAUCCUGAUGGGCGGACAAAUCUUCGCUUGCAUUUGCUUCGGCGUCGGUCUCAUACUGCUGUGCUGGUACCCAAUUGAAAUUCUCUGCACACGUCAACGUUCGGUUGAACUCAAAUCUAUGCCGACGACGGCAGGUGAAAAUGUCAAGCAGACAAAAUUCACAAGUGUUGAAGAGUUGAAAAAUCGGCCACCAACAAAUGUGGUAUUAAAUAAUAAAACAUUGGAUAGUUCACCGUUGUUGGAGCGUACCAAUGGCAAAAUGCCGACAAUUGUACCGAAAUCGGAGACAAAUGAGAGUGUUGCUACAGUAACAACGGCCGCAAGCGCCGUUAGUAGUAACGACGUGAAUGAAUAAUUGUGUGAGAAGUGCUGAUGUUGAUGUGUGUGUGCUUGUGUGUGUAAUAAUUAUAUUGUUUGGCUGGCUUUUUGGCCAAACAAUCGUCCUACUGUGUGCCUUUAACAUUUACUCAGAUUUUUUGUAUG